AUGCCAUCAAAAAGUGAAUUAUGGAGAUAUUUUGACAAACUUAAAGAUGGUAAAGCUUCUUGCAGGAUUUGCAAGAAAAUUCUGAAAACAUGUGGCAAUACAUCUAAUCUACGUUGUCAUAUAAAUAGUGUCCAUAAAAUGGUUUUGGAAGAUGAAAUAAGAAAAAUUAAAACAUCUAGUUCAUCUGAAGAAGUGGAACCCAGUUUUAAAAAACAAAAAAUUGAAGGUGGUGAUAAAGUUGAAGUUAAAAUUACUGACUCUGAAAUUACACAGAUUCCUAGCUGUUCAAGUUCAGAUAAUUUGUAUCAAACAAAACAAUUAACGAUUGAUACAAGUAUGAAGCGAAUAGUAUCUUAUGGGGAAGGUGGUAGUAAACAUAGCCAAAUAACUAACACUAUUUGCUAUAUGAUAGCUAAAGAUUGUCAGCCAUUUACUAUGGUAGAAAAUAAAGGUUUUAAAAAACUAAUGAAGUUAACUUCGCCCCUGUACAAAAUGCCAACAGCAAAUACGUUUAAAAAACAAAUUGAACAAAAAUAUAAUUUUGUGUCUGUAGAAGUAAAGAAAAAACUAGAACUAUUAAAAGCAUAUUGUAUAACAUCAGAUAUUUGGACAGAAACCAUGCAAACAUUAAGUUAUUUGGGAUUUACAAUUCAUUAUGUUGAUAUGGAAGAUCAUGAAUUAAAAUCUAUAAUGUUAGAGGUGUAUGAAUUAAAUGAAAGGCAUACUGCUGAGUAUAUAGCAGAAAAACUGGAAAAUUUAUGCACAGAAUGGAACUUGAAGAAGGAUUAUAUAACAACCAUAGUAACAGAUGGGGGAUCAAAUAUGGUCAAAGCUAUUGAACGGUCAAUUCAAAACACACAAGAUUUGAAAGAACUUAUUAAUAAAGUAAAACAAAUAGUUACGUGGUUCAAACAUAGUGUGAGAGCUAGCGAUGAGUUACGUACUCUAACAAGUUACAAAUUAAUUCAAGAGGUUAGCACCCGUUGGAACUCAACAUAUUACAUGUUGAAAAGAUUUCUUAAUUUAAGGGGUUCAAUAAGUAAUAUAAUAAAUAAAUGUGACUAUAUUGGUGAAAUUUUAAAUCUUCUAAGGCCCCUAGAAGCAAUAACGAAGGAAAUAUCGGGCGAUAAGUAUCCAACCUGUGGUAUGAUCAUACCACUAAUAAAUGUAUUAAAUAUGCAAAUUUCCAAAAUAAAACCACAAUAUUCCAUUAGUGAAAAUCUAAAAAAAAAUAUAUUAGCUGAAUGCCAAAAACGUUUUUCAAAUGCUGCACAUAAUACCACUAUGGCAGUAUGUACAUUACUAGAUCCUAGGUUCAACAAGCUACAUUUUCAAGAUGCUCAAGCACUGGCAAAAGCGAUUAUUGCUUUAAAAGAAGAGUAUAAAUUAAUAUCAAAUAUAGUGAAUCUCGAUGAAAGUGAUGAAUCAUCAGAUUCAGAUCAUACAUCAGAAUUCAAUUUAUGGCAAGAUCACCAUAAAUUGUUAAAAGAAGACUGGAUUAAAUCAAAACAAAAAAAAAGUGAUGCUGAUGGUAAAUUACCAGAAAUCUCCAUGUAUUUUCAAACUCCACCAACAGGUCGGAUUGGAGACAAUCCUUUACAUAUAUGGAAAGAAUUGGCAAGUUCUCAUCCAAACAUGGCCCAGUUAAUUUCCAAGUAUUUUUGUAAUGUUGGGACAUCUGUCCCUUCAGAACGUUUAUUUUCUAAAACUGGAAUAAUAAUUAACCAACAGAGGAAUCGGUUAAAACCCAAAACUUUAAAUCAACUGUUGUUUCUACAAUGUGUUGAGGACAAAUAUUGGGGGUUGGGCUAG